AUGGCCGGCCUCCAGUACAACUUCUUCCCCACAGAUUUCUUCUACCCUCGCCCCAAAUCCGUCGCCGGAGCCACUGACGCCGGCCAGACGUCGUCCCUUCCAUUAACGCGAACCGACGGAGCAGCCGUCGCCGACCACCCAGCCAGCCUCAUCGUCCACACCAACGGCAACAAGUCCACCACCGCUGUAGAGUACAAGAAGAAGAAGUACAAUCACCUGGACGGGUAG